AUGAACAGCUCCACAGAUCAAUCACCAGCACCAGCAUCAAGAACUAGUAGUUCUCCGUCGCGAAAUGCAGAUUCUUCUGAUGCUGGUGGUUACAGAAGGGCCAGGAGAACUAUGACUUUGAAUGUGGAUUACAAUUUGAAGAAAAGACGGAUAAUCCCAGCGGAUGAUUCCUUUUCUCCAAGACAGCACGCUUCCAAUGAUAAUGAUGGGAAUAAUGGCGACCAUGUUUCACCAAGUCCGUCAAUGCAUGAAGCUUGUGAAGCCAAAGACGUUGUAGUUGUCGAUUCUGACGGACAGGUUAGUUUCAAGGAACCAGAAUCUCGCGAUCCUAUCAACGGAAUGACCGGCUUACCACUUGGCAUGGGUCCUCCUGAAAAAGUGAAAAAAGAAUCCUUUUGGUCUUAUAGAAAGAAUGGCGGAAAUGGCACCAAUGGGGUGUUAAGUUCUACGAGCAGUGCUGGGAGUAGUUGCCAGACAGCAUCAACCUUGGAAAGCAGCGUAUAUGAGGAUCAAUUAGAGACGGCCAAGUCCGAUGAGUUGACACAACCUAGUUUCCUGCGAACUAACGCCAUACCGAAAGAUAUUCAUCGAACUAAGACAAAAUACCGCAAAAAAAGCGAUCCAACUCACCAAAGAAACAAGCAUUUCCCCAUACACACCAAAAUUAAGGCUUCAGCUAAUAAAGAAAACAAGCUUUUUGGUCAAAAUUCGAUCACAAAUCAAAAAGCCAUCGCUCCUCCAGUUGUGUCACUUACAAGUUCCACAGUUGAAAACGACGAUUUCUGUUUCAGUUGUCGUCAACCUGGUAUAUUCUUAUGUUGUGAUACCUGUCCUAAAUCCUUCCACUUCAUGUGCUGUAACCCUCCGCUGGAUCCGGACAACUUGCCAGAAGGGGACUGGUCUUGUGCGGAGUGCCAGUUCAAAAUGAGAUGUCCGAAUAAAUCUGCAGCUCAAAAACUGGAAAAAGAAUACCUAAGUGCUCUUGAAGCGGCCGAGGGGAUAUCGCUUUUUGGCAAGCUGCUCUUAAAAGUGGAAUUUACCAACCCUAGACAAUUUCAGUUGGCAGUUCCAAUACGAGAGACAUUCGCAGAUGUCAAAACCGGUAGCCACGGAGAAUAUACGGAUGGAUCUAUGCAAGAACCUCUGAACGACAAGCAAAUAUUGAAUGCUCUUUUUGGCCAGAGCUUGACCAAAAUGGAUCAAUACAAUCCUGAUCAGCACAUAGACCCGGAUUCAGGUGAGCUACUUAUAUGCUUCAAAUGCCGUGAGACUAAAAUGGGAACACUCGAUCAUCCAGAAGAAGAGCGAUUGAUUACCAAAUGCGAUUUCUGUGGUACACCUUGGCAUUUGGAUUGUGUUCCUGACAUACCUCGGGCGUCAUUCAAAAAUUUGGGCAGCAAAUGGAUGUGCCCCCUGCAUGCGGAUCCUCUAAUUCCCAAACAAAAAAGACGACUCGCACGCCACCAAAAAACAUACACUCCUUCAUCGACCUUGAACAUUCCAAAUAAUGGUGACAUAGACAUUUUGCCCGAUGAAAUUUCCUUCCCCGUGUCCAAAGAGGUUCUCAAGGAAGGUGCGAUCAACAAAGAGCUGGCCGUAUUGAAAAUUCCCGAACAGUCAAUCAAGUUGAACUUUGUUGACAAGGUUUACAAAGCAAAGAUGGCUGUAAUGGAAAGACAAUUCCAUGAACAAAAAACACUUCUCGAAAGUGCACUAGAUACCCUAUCGAAGAGUGGACAUCAAAACUCAAAAUUAGGGCCUUUCCUUUAUUUCACCCUACAAAACAACAGUUCAUUGCAGAAAAUGUGGGACUUCAAAGAGCUUUGCGACGAAGCAGAUAAGGAGGCAAAUAUACCAAAGCUCCAAAGCAAGGAAAUAAGUGAGCUUCUGGCGCUUAAGACGAUCUUGGAGUCAAAGUCGAAGAAAGAGGUUAUAGAGUUUUUUGGCAUGAAUAAGUAA